AUGGCGAUGGACCAGGUGAGAGUGAAAGAGCAAAGACAAGAACUGAAUGAAGUGGAGGACGAACAUCGUAACUUUACAAUUCAAAGAACAAAAGUCAAAAAGACGCACACCUGCACUCAGUGUGGAAAGAGUUUCACACAGAAAGGAGCCCUUAACAGACACAUGAUAAUUCACACUGGAGAGAAACCGUUUACAUGCACUCAGUGUGGAAAGAGUUUCUCACGGAAAGGAAACCUUAACACACACAUGAGAAUUCACACUGGAGAGAAACCGUAUACAUGCACUCAGUGUGGAGAGAGUUUUACUCAAGCAUCAACUCUCAGUGUUCAUCUGCUCAUUCACUCUGGAGAAAAACCAUUUAACUGUGAUCAGUGUGGUAAAGAUUUUAUUUCAUCAUCAAAUCUAAAAAAACACUUGAAAGUUCAUUCAGAUGAGAGGCCUUAUGUGUGCUCUCUCUGUGGAAAGAGUUUUUCACAACUGGACAGUUUUAAACAGCACCAGAAAACACAUAAUGAAGUGAGAGAUCAUGUGUGUUGUGACUGUGGGAAGAGCUUUACUACAUCUGAAUAUCUGAAACUGCACCAAAGAAUUCAUGCUGGAGAAAAACCUUACAAGUGCUCAUAUUGUGACAAGAGUUUCACUCAGUCUACACACCUGAAAUCACACGAGCGAGUUCAUACUGGAGAGAAGCCGUACUACUGUACUCAGUGUGAGAAGAGUUUCAGACAUUCAAAUAGUUUAGUGAAUCAUAUUAGAACGCAUUGUUCUGUGUCACAGUGAGUAAAUGUUUUGUUAGAUUCACA